AUGCCAUGUGCGCUCGGUGACAUGCCAUGUGCGCUCGUUGACAUGCCAUGCGCGCUCGGUGCCAUGCCAUGUGCGCUCGGUGACAUGCCAUGUGCGCUCGGUGACAUGCCAUGUGCGCUCGUUGACAUGCCAUGCGCGCUUGGUGCCAUGCCAUGUGCGCUCGGUGACAUGCCAUGUGCGCUCGGUGACAUGCCAUGUGCGCUCGGUGACAUGCCAUGUGCGCUCGGUGACAUGCCAUGUGUGCUCGGUGACAUGCCAUGUGCGCUCGGUGACAUGCCAUGUGCGCUCGGUGCCAUGCCGUGUGCAUUCGGCGGUGCCAUGCCAUGUGCGCUCGGUGCCGUGCCAUGUGCGCUCUAUGCCAUGCCACGUGCGCUUUAUGCCAUGCCAUGUGCGCUUGGUGACAUGCCAUGUGUGCUCGGUGACAUGCCAUGUGCGCUCGAUGACAUGCCAUGUGCGCUCGGUGCUAUGCCGUGUGCGUUCAGCGGUGCCAUGCCAUGUGCGCUCAGUGCCAUGCCAUGUGCGCUCUAUGCCAUGCCACGUGCGCUCGGUGCCAUGCCAUGUGCGCUCGGUGACAUGCCAAGUGCGCUCGGUGACAUGCCAUGUGCGCUCUAUGCCAUGCCAUGUGCGCUCUAUGCCAUGCCAUGUGCGCUCUCAUGGACCCUCACGGACCCUCAUGGACUUGUCCCAAAUGCCAUGCCAUGUGCGAUUGGUGCCAUGUGGGGAGUGGCUGAGGCUCACAUAUUAACCGAAUGA